AUGGCGACGAGAGGCGCAUCCGCCCGUCUCCGAAAGACAUUCCACUACCCCGCCGACUCAGACUCGGACUCUUCUCAGCCAGAAGCCAUAGACGAGCAAGAACAAGAAUCCCUCAUCGCCCGCCUCACGGCCGAAAACGCUUCCCGAAACGCAACCUUCCGACUGCUCCUCCUGCCUCUGCCCCUCGUCUCGAUCCUCCCCUACAUUCUCGCCUUCCCCCCUUCCUUCCCCGCCCUUCUGGCAAUGACUUCCCUCCUCGCCACCGCCUAUCUCCUCUACAGCCAACAGCCCGAUAAGACCGGCCUUCGCGUCGUGGAUGACUGGCUCCGUCCCGCGGCCGCGCGGCGCGAGAGACAGAGGCGUGGCGCGGCACCGUUCGUGCUGAGUGAGGGAGGGCCGCUCGACACAUACCUGCCGCUCUUGAAUCUGGGUCUCUGUGCCGUCGUCGCACUGACAGGGGCUUUCUCGAGGGGCAAGGCGAGCGGGUUGUUGGGGUACUGGCCGGCGGUCGUCUACACUGUUGUUCUUGUCGCCAAGGUGGUCAUGGGAAGCGUCGACCCGGAAGGCGAACUGAGUGCGUUGAAGUAUGAUUACAAGGGGGCGUGA